GCUUAACGUCCGUUCACCCAUCGCAACUAUGAAGGUCGUUUACGGAUUUUUCUUCAUAGCUAUCAGCAUCUACCCCACAUAUGCUCAGAGUACUCAGACAGCUGUAAGGGAUUUUGGUGGAAAUAUAGAAAUUACAUGUUCAGUUAUGAAUGUCAACUUUUUUCCCAUUGCAUGGUUUAAAUUUGAAAAAGAUGAUCCUACUAAGACCACUGUACUGUCAAUUAGUAAUAAACUUAUGGUCAGAAAUUCAAAAUUUUCACUAAGAAUUCACGUUGAAAACGGAACCAAUAAUCAUAUAUUGAAGAUUCAGAAUAUACAAAAGACUGAUAUAGCUAUAUAUCGCUGUGUUGUGAUGUGUGAUGAUGCCAACAGCGACGCAAACACAUCUGCAGAUGUCGAGUUAGAUGUGAAUCGGCCACCGGUCAUUUCAGAUGCUUCGUCUCCGACUUUGGUGAACGCGAUGGAAGGUCAAUUCUCGAGGUUAGAAUGUUAUGCUGACGGAUUUCCCGAACCAAGAGUUACCUGGACCCGAGAAAAUAAUGGAAUUUUAACUACUGGAGGAAAUUUUUAUAGAGGGAAUGUCUUACGUUUUUAUAACGUAACAAAAGACGACCGUGGAAUUUAUUUUUGCAAUAUAGUGAAUGGUAUUGGCGGAGGUGUCCGACGUAUUAUUGACUUUCGUGUAACUUUUUCACCAGUCAUAACGGUUUCGAAAAUUAUGUAUAGUCAUAGAGAACCUUUGAAACGAAACUUGGAUGUCCAAUGCCUCGUAGAAGCUUAUCCUACUCCGAAAAUCGAAUGGCUGUAUAAUGGAGUUGUACUCCCCAACGAUAACCACGAUUAUAAAAUCAUGGAAAACACUACUGCACACCAGUUUGCUUAUUCGGCAUUGACUUUUCUGAAAAUUGAUAAUGAACGUAUCGGUAAAUACACGUGUAAAGCACAGAACACGAUUGGAACGGCUGAAGUCACAGCUAUUGAGCAUCAAGAUCUAGAACAAGUUAAAAAACGUACUCAUCAGGAGAGAACACGCACUUACUUUGGCUUUAAUAUCUAUGGGUUAUCUCCUUAUUUAUAAUAAUAAUAAUGAUGAUAUUUAUACUUAAUAUAUAUUUAUAUUAUUUUAAACUUAUUUAUUUUCAAAAAUUAUAUAUUUAAUUAAUAUGUUAUGUACCUAUAUGGAAUUCAUCUGAUAAUUAUUAUUUCUCGA